CUACACAUUUUGCUUCCACUUCACAUAAUAUACACCUUUCUAUCAUCCUCCUUUAUAUUCACAUACUCUUGUCACAUAUCAGCUUAAAUUAAUUACUCAAAUUGAACAACCACUUAUAAUUGCAAUGAGAAAGCCUGCAGAUCAGACAGAGAAAGCGAAUAACAAGCUGAGGAAAGGCUUGUGGUCGCCAGAAGAAGAUGACAAGUUGAUGAGUUACAUGGUGGGGAAUGGGCAGGGGUGCUGGACGGAUAUAGCGAGGAAUGCUGGUUUGUUUCGGUGCGGCAAGAGCUGUCGUCUCCGGUGGAUAAAUUACUUGAGGCCUGAUCUUAAACGCGGCUCGUUUUCAGUACAGGAAGAAGAACUUAUCAUUCAUUUGCACUCCAUCCUCGGCAACAGGUGGUCUCAGAUUGCAUCGCGACUUCCUGGAAGGACAGAUAACGAAAUCAAGAACUUGUGGAACUCUACCAUAAAGAAAAGGUUAAAGAACAACCACCACAUGACCUCCACAACUUCACCAAACUCAGCAGACCCUUCUGUUGACAUUAAAUCAGGAGAAAUGAUAUCUUUCCAAGAACACCAACUCAUGAGCUUCUGCAUGGACUCAAUGUCUAGUACUACUACUACUUCAUCUUCUUCCGCGAAUUACAAUUUUGAUCCGUUCCUUCCCCUCAACAAUUCCCAUGAUAUCACCACCGCGCCGCCUUUACCAAAUGCAUCCAACUGCGGUGUAGGAGAUGUGAUCUUUGAAGGUUACGGUGGUUCUGAACAUUAUGUGAUGGCGCCUGAGAAUGACCUAACUGUCGUUUCUUCGCUGGAUAAUAAUGAUGAUCCGACUUUCAUGUUUGAUAAGAAAAGUUUUGAUGACAUAAAUAUGAUUAAUAGUGAUCAUCCUCGGAGCAUAAAAGUGGAAGAUUUCGAGUUCGAAAAUCGUGAAUACUUGCAAGGAGGGCAAGACAUUAUAAGAACUGGAUCAGAUCAACUGGAUUGGGAGGGAUUGUUGGAAAAUAUUUCAUUGACGCCCUACCUUGAUUUUCAAAUUGGCUGACAUAAAUUGACGAUUUCUUUUAAAUUUUUUUGUAAAUGCAUGCUUCCACGCGAACUUCAGUUAAAUUCAAGAACUGGAGUUGGCUAGAGUGAAAUAAUGCAUUUUCUUGUUUCGUGCGAAGAAAAGUGUUAAUAAUGUGAUUCUUUACUGGAAAGGGUUAGACUAGAAGUAAUUGAUUUUCAUACUUCAAUUUUAUGUGCAAUUAUAAAAAUUCUGGUAAGUGUUGAUAGGGAGUUUAUACAAUAAAGCAGCUGCCAGGACACUGUAUACUUUCAUGUUAAAGCAAUCGAAUUCUU